CAGUACAACUAAAUACUCAAGAUAAAAAAUUAAAAUUGUGUUAUAAAGUGAAAAUAAAAAUAUUCUUUAUCGCUAGCUGUCGUCUUCUUCUUUUCGGCGAGUUGCUUUGCAAGUCAAUCCAAGUCACUAAGGUAAUGCCGUAUUACGACUUGCAAGCUUACAAGUAUGAUACUGCUGGUGUGAUCAUAGAAUAAGUAUGAUGCCAGGCGUUUCGAGCGCUUCAAGCAAUCUGCCUGGUAUUACGUGGCCCCGUAAUAAUUCUGAAUUAUUCCUAUCGUCUACAAUGGCUUCUAUAAUACCAGAAAUACGUAUCUAUUCUCCCUCUGACAAAGGCGAUGACACUUCUGAUUCUGACCGUAGCAGAAUAACUGGGCAUGCAAGUGAUCGUAAGAGUGCUAUGCUGUUCCGUGGUUCUCGCGAAGUGUUUUCAGGAGACAGUUCAAACAUGGUGCCCUGGCUAAAUACAUUCAACAUGCGACCGUAUAAUCUGUCAUGCUUGCCGUCUACCAUGACCUAUCGUCCGUCCUGUCGGUCGCAGUCUGUGGCCAUCAGUCGUGCAAAGCUUGGAUGCAUCACAAGUUCUGCGAAAUCGCUUGACGUACUACGGCAGAAUUUGCAGAGGAGCAUUAACCGCGAAAUAGACGAAAUAUUACAGCGGUAUUUGGAAAAAUUCUUCAAGCCUGGUCUGGAGAACGUGCGCAUCAACAACGGCGAGCACUCCAUAUCGGAGCAGCACAUACAAGCCGUGUGCCGACAGAUCUUAGAAGAAGCCAAGAAAAUGUACCACGGCAGUUACACAAGAGGCAACAGCCCAACUUCAGACUACAACAUUGACUCUGGCCGCAACAGUCCAUCAGACCUAAAAUUAGGCCGGUUUUUGGGCAAGCAUGCGGUGACGGGUCGCAAGCGACGCGACAACUCGGACUCCGACUCCGAAGCGAGCUUGCAACUGGUGAAAAAGAAGAAAGGGCGGCCACCGCUGCACCAGAGCGGAGUACUGUCGGGUCGGUCGACGCCGUGCAAGCUGAAGGCUGAUGCGGUGAAGCGGGAAGGGCCCAAGUGGGAUCCGGCGCGACUUCAGCCGAGCUCACAGUUUAUCAUGGGUGCCAAGGCGAACAAGGCGCUGGGUCUGGGUGCCACGCGCGGUCGUCUCUACAUUAAGCACCCGGAGGUGUUCAAGUAUUCCGGCGACCAGGAGGACAAGCAGUGGCUGUACGAGCACAACCAGAUGCCGGCCACGGGCGGCAAGGCCUACAUGCUGCUCGUCGAGGACAUCCGCGAGUUGGCCGAGACUGACGAAUACCGCGGUAGCCCGGGACUCAUGCUGGACGAAAUCGUGGGCUUCUCUGUGCCCGAGAGCAUGCUGGCCAAGAUGCAGGCCGCCAUGCUCGCCAUGCGGACCGACCUGCCGGCCGGGACACGCCGCCGCGGGGCACGGCCCAGCGGCGACCCACGGCAUGACGACGGCUCGGCUUCGCCCGCCGAAGAGCCUCUGGCCGCGUCGCCGUUCGGUCAGGGCUUCGAAGACGUCUCGCCGGCUGCCUCGGACGUGAGCGCCACGUUGGAGCCGCCCCUGACUGCGCCCUUCGAGCUGGUCCUGAGCCCCUGAGUGUCGCGCACGACUGCUGCUGUGAUUGCUUCUGCAGCGAAUGUCUGCUGGGCUGCAUAGAAGCAGUGUGUACGGUGGUCUAGAAAAUUUCUCGUUGUAAAACGCUAGCCAAUGGGCCUGUCGUGCACCUGGAAGCAUAUGACUGUAGUGAAUGGUCAGGUAGCAGAUGUGGAGCUUUUGCACACCUCAUGUGUUAAGCAGAAUUGUUGAGUAAUAGCAACACUUAUAUCAACACUUCAGUGAGAUGCAGUUUGCUUACACACUCGCUUGUUGCAUUUUAAGCUGUGGAGCACCAGUGAAAUCCUAAUACCACUGAUGAUUAGAAAAGCUAUCUGUGUUUUCAUAGUCAUAUUUUUGUAAAGCAGAAGUGUGAGUAAGUGGUAUGUUAUUCAGAUGUUGACUGUGAACAUCAGCACAGUUGUUUAGCCAAUCCGUACAUGCUCACUGUGGGAGCAGGAAACACAAACUUCACUGAGGGAAAUUGAAUGGCUCGAGAUCUCAAACAGGCAAGAUUGCACGCAAAGCGUGCACAGUUGGCACAUGGCACUUCACUGACAACUUGUCUGCGUUUUAUAAAAGGAAUCAGCAUCUCAGAUGUUGUAGGCUUCAUUGUGCAAAGUUCAUGGGAACUAUUUCUUGUUGAGCUAGAGUUACUUCCAGGAUUGUUUAUUUAAAAAAGAAAAAAACAACCUCAUGACCAUAUCCAUGGUAUUGUCCAUUUCAGCAUUGCACAACCCUCUGCUACUAUAGCCAUUCCCAUCUGCUAUUUUUACCAAAAGUACUUUUACUAGCACAGCAGAAGCUGUCUUCUGAUGCAAAAAUUCACUUCAAGUGUAAGAGCAACUUAUGGGCGCAUACUAUGUUGUCUUAAGCCGUAAUGGUAAGCUUAGCGUGGCAUGGAAUGCCACAUGCAAAAUUAUGUGCAUGCUGGUCACUGAAAAUUUUAUCCCAAAGUAUUGCAAGUUCUCUUCAGGUUCAGAAUGCCUGAAUGCAUUAAGUGUGGGUCGCCAAUAUAUUGCUGAAGCUUUGUGCAAGAACUUGUGGCUCUUAAGGUGUGGUGCCUGCAUUUGUCUGAAGAUGCACAUAUGAAUGAGUACAUGAUGCGUUAAAACUUUGGUGAGUGAAGACAUUAGGCGAUGAUAAAAGUUUCUAUGCAUAAUCACCAAAGAGAACAUCCGAGCAGAGAAAUUUUCUUGCAGUUUGUUCACACUCCUAUCACAUGCCUUGUAUCAGUCAUGAGUGGAGAACAUCUCCCUUCCGUGUGUCAUUAGUGACCUUUUGUUACAGAAGGGCACUUGACAUCUCACUUUGGAAAAAUUUUGGUAGCAAGCCAAUAAUGGACACUUGCUUAGAACAACUGAAACUUGCAGUUUGGUUUAAUUUAGUGACAUCUAUAUUACGUGAUUGCCAGAUUGCACUUUAGCUGGUGGCUGCUUUACUGUUUGGGAAAAAGGCCUCAGAAGAUCUUUUGCUAUAAUAUAUUAAAUGAUGCUUUCUACUAUCAAAUUGAGGUUUCUUAAUGAAGUAGUAGAAUGUCCUUAUGGUUCAUUUCUCAGCAUAUUCUGGAGUAACAGCACACAAGCUGAACUAAGUAAAAAUAUUGAUGCAUGCAUAUAGCAGUUAAGCAAAUAGCAAAUUUGCCUGGGUGGUGCAGGUAAUUUAAUGUAGUGUGUUGCAAAAAUGAAGUGCCAGAUUAUAUGUAAACAGACUCUUCAUGAAUUGCAUCUCCCAUUUCCCGAUUCCUGAAAGUACAACUAUCAUGUGAGAGUUAGGUUUACAUGAUGGUUGACAAACAGCAGGAGAUAGUCCUAACAGGAUUUCUUCAGUCCUCUUGUCAUUCAAAAUGUACUGGUGACAUUUUCUAUACCAGUCAAUACCACUUUGUGAUAGGGUGUGCUUUCUUUCUUGCUAUGUUUGUAGGUUUUGUAUCUGAAUGCAACAACAUGCAUAUCACACGCAUGCGAUUUAGUGUGCACGUGGCAUCUUUGCCGCAUGAGUGUGAUAUGAUCAUUGUCAGCCUAUUUUCAUGUCCACUGCAGGUUGGAGGCCUGUCCCAGUGAUCUCCAAUUAUCCCUGUUUUGUGCUAGCUGAUUCCAACGUGCACCUGCAAGAUUCUUAAUUUCAUCACCCCACAUGGUCUUAUGCCAUCCUCGACUGCGCUUCCCUUCUCCCGGCACCCAUUCUGUAAUUCUAAUGGUCCACCAGUUAUCUAACCUACACAUUACAUGGCCUGCCCAGCUCCAUUUUUUUUCUCUUAAUGCCAACCAGAAUAUUGGCUAUCUGUGUUUGCUGUCUGAUCUACACUGCUGUCUUUCCAUCUCUUAGAAUUAGGCCUAACAUUUUUUGCUCCGUUGCUUGCGCAUUCCUUAACUUGUUAUUAAGCUUCUUUG